AUCGGACCUAAGCCGAGAGGGUCUGAGAGCAGGAGCGGGCCGAGCAGCGGUAGCGCCAGCCUUAGCCGUGGCGGCCACAGGACGGGGCGCGGCGCCGGCGGUCGGGGACCGCGGCAGGGGCUGCAGGCGGCGGAGCAGCUGGUUCGUCCAGUGUCAAAAAUCCUUCAUUUUACCUUCUGAAUUUCAUUCGUCAUUACACUUUUGGAGACAUAUGUGGUAUCUAAAACAUAACUGUAAUUUCUUCUGAAGGAUAUCAAGUUUUAAUAGCUAUACAGUUUUGAAUAUAUUAAUACCUUUGCCGAUUCAGCACUUCAAAAGCUCUGCCUUCUCCCACUAGCUUAACUUGGCCUUCAGACAUUAUGAGGAGACUGGCUUUUCGAGGCGCUGGUUGUACUCUGGUAAAUCUGAAGAAGUUGGAUUCAAUGGGCUCCAAGAGACGAAGGGCUACAUCUCCUUCCAGCAGUAUCAGUGGGGAUUUUGAUGAUGGUCACCACUCUGUACCAACACCAGGCCCAAGCAGGAAAAGGAGACGACUUUCUAAUCUCCCAACUGUAGAUCCGAUUGCUGUGUGCCAUGAACUCUACAAUACCAUAAGAGACUACAAAGAUGAGCAGGGCAGGCUCCUGUGUGAACUCUUCAUCAGGGCACCAAAAAGAAGAAAUCAACCAGACUAUUAUGAAGUAGUUUCUCAGCCCAUCGACUUGAUGAAAAUUCAACAAAAACUAAAAAUGGAAGAGUAUGAUGACGUUAACCUGCUGACUGCUGAUUUUCAGCUGCUCUUUAACAACGCCAAGGCCUAUUAUAAGCCAGAUUCUCCGGAAUUUAAAGCUGCCUGUAAACUCUGGGAUUUGUACCUCCGAACAAGGAAUGAAUUUGUACAGAAAGGAGAUGCAGAUGAGGAUGAAGAAGAGGAGGAUGGGCAUGACAAUCAAGGAACAAUGUCUGAAGUAUCUUCUCCAAGUUACCUGAAAGAGAUCCUUGAGCAGCUUCUUGAAGCCAUAGCUAUAGCUACAAACCCAUCAGGACGUCUCAUAAGUGAGCUUUUUCAGAAACUUCCUUCAAAAGUGCAAUAUCCUGACUAUUAUGCAAUAAUUAAGGAGCCCAUCGAUCUUAAGACGAUUGCUCAGAGAAUACAGAAUGGGAGUUAUAAAAGUAUCCAUGCAAUGGCAAAGGAUAUAGAUCUCCUGGCUAAAAAUGCCAAAACCUACAAUGAACCUGGGUCUCAAGUAUUUAAGGAUGCAAAUUCAAUUAAAAAAAUAUUUCAUUUGAAAAAGGCAGAAAUUGAACAUGUUGAAAUGGCCAAGUCAAGCCUUCGAAUAAGGACUCCAUCCAAUUUGGCUGCAGCCAAGCUGACAGGUUCUUCACAGGGUAAGGGCAGCCUUAGUGAAGAGAGAAAUUCUACCAGCAAAUAUUAUCGUAAUAAAAGAGCAGUUCAAGGGGGUCGUUUAUCAGCAAUAACCAUGGCACUCCAGUAUGGCUCAGAAAGUGAUGAAGAUGCUGCUUUAGCUGCUGCUCGUUAUGAAGAGGGGGAGUCAGAAGCAGAAAGUAUUACUUCAUUUAUGGAUGUUUCAAAUCCCCUUUAUCAACUCUAUGAUACCGUUAGGAGCUGUCGGAAUAAUCAGGGACAGCUAAUAGCAGAACCAUUUUUCCAUUUGCCUUCAAAGAAAAAAUACCCAGAUUAUUAUCAGCAAAUCAAAAUGCCCAUUUCCCUGCAGCAGAUAAGAACCAAGCUAAAGAACCAAGAAUAUGAAACUUUAGAUCAUUUGGAGUGUGAUCUAAAUUUAAUGUUUGAAAAUGCCAAACGUUAUAAUGUUCCCAAUUCAGCCAUCUACAAACGAGUUCUAAAAAUGCAACAAGUUAUGCAGGCAAAGAAGAAGGAACUUGCUAGGAGAGACGACAUUGAAGACGGUGACAGUAUGAUCUCUUCAGCCACUUCUGAUACUGGGAGUGCCAAAAGAAAAAGGAACACUCAUGACAAUGAGAUGUUGGGCCUCAGGAGGCUAUCCAGGUUUUCUGCCUCAGCUGCUGACUUGGAGACUACUGGUUCCAGUCCAGCUGGAAGUUCACCACCAAAGGCUUAUGGCAUAAGAGCCCUGGACCGGAAAACAGGAGACCUGGGUUCAAGUGCUGACUCUGCCACUAACUCACUGUGUGACCUUCGUAAAAAGAACAUAAGAAAACAGCGAAUGAAAAUUUUAUUCAACGUUGUUCUUGAAGCUCGAGAACCAGGUACAGGCAGAAGACUCUGUGAUCUGUUUAUGGUUAAGCCAUCCAAAAAGGACUACCCCGAUUAUUACAAAAUCAUCUUGGAGCCAAUGGAUUUAAAGAUUAUUGAACAUAACAUCCGUAAUGACAAAUAUGCAGCAGAAGAGGCAAUGAUGGAAGAUAUGAAACUGAUGUUUCGAAAUGCAAGACACUAUAAUGAAGAAGGCUCACAGGUGUAUAAUGACGCCCAUAUUCUAGAGAAGAUGCUCAGAGAUAAGAGAAAAGAGCUGGGCCCACUCCCGGAGGAUGAUGACAUGGCUUCUCCCAAACUCAAGCUAAGUAGAAAGAGUGGCAUUUCUCCUAAAAAAUCCAAAUAUAUGACUCCAAUGCAACAAAAACUCAAUGAAGUAUAUGAAGCAGUAAAGAACUACACAGAUAAGCGGGGCCGCCGGCUCAGUGCCAUCUUCCUGAGGCUCCCCUCCAGGUCAGAACUGCCAGACUACUACCUGACCAUAAAAAAGCCUGUUGACAUGGAAAAGAUCCGAAGCCACAUGAUGGCUAACAAGUACCAAGACAUAGACUCCAUGGUGGAAGACUUUGUCAUGAUGUUCAACAAUGCUUGCACAUACAAUGAGCCUGAAUCCCUGAUUUACAAAGAUGCUCUAGUCCUGCACAAGGUAUUGCUUGAAACUCGAAGGGACAUAGAAGGAGAUGAAGACUCUCAUGUUCCUAAUGUGACACUGCUUAUCCAGGAGCUUAUCCACAAUCUUUUUGUGUCUGUAAUGAGCCAUCAGGACGAUGAGGGAAGAUGCUACAGUGACUCCUUGGCUGAAAUCCCUUCUGUGGAUCCUAGUUUCCCAAACAAACCCCCUCUGACUUUUGACAUAAUUAGGAAGAAUGUUGAGAAUAAUCGCUACCGCAGGCUGGACUUAUUUCAAGAGCAGAUGUUUGAUGUAUUGGAAAGGGCAAGAAGAAUGAAUCGGACGGAUUCAGAGAUAUAUGAAGAUGCAGUAGAACUUCAGCAAUUCUUUAUUAAAAUCCGUGAUGAACUCUGCAAGAAUGGAGAGAUCCUUCUUUCCCCAGCACUUAGUUAUACAACAAAGCACCUCCAUAAUGAUGUGGAGAAAGAGAAAAAGGAAAAGUUACCAAAAGAAAUAGAGGAAGAUAAACAAAAACGGGAAGAAGAAAAAAGAGAAGCUGAAAAGAGUGAGGAUUCCUCUGGAGGAGCAGGCCUCUCUGUCUUACAUCGAACAUACAGCCAGGACUGUAGCUUCAAGAAUAGCAUGUACCAUGUUGGCGACUAUGUUUAUGUGGAACCAGCAGAAGCCAACCUUCAGCCACACAUAGUUUGCAUUGAAAGACUGUGGGAAGAUUCUGCUGGUGAAAAAUGGUUGUGUGGCUGUUGGUUUUAUCGGCCAAAUGAAACAUUCCACCUUGCUACACGAAAAUUUUUGGAAAAAGAAGUUUUUAAGAGUGACUAUUACAACAAAGUACCUGUUAGCAAAAUCUUAGGCAAAUGUGUAGUCAUGUUUGUUAAGGAAUACUUCAAACUGUGUCCAGAAACCUUUCGAGAUGAAGAUGUUUAUGUCUGUGAAUCACGGUAUUCUGCCAAAACAAAGUCUUUCAAGAAAAUUAAGCUAUGGACCAUGCCUGUCAGUUCCGUUAGGUUUAUCCCUCGUGAUGUGCCUCUGCCUGUGGUGCGUGUUGCUUCUGUGUUUGCAAAUACAGACAAAAUGGAUGAAGAAAAACACACUGAAACUUCAGAGGACAGUAAAGGAGCAGACACUUUCCUUAACCUGGAAAAGGAAAAAGAAGAUGUUCCAGUAGAAAUGUCUAAUGGUGAGCCAGGAUGCCACUACUUUGAACAACUUCGAUACAAUGAUAUGUGGCUGAAGGUUGGAGAUUGUGUUUUCAUAAAAUCUCAUGGCUUAGUGAGGCCUCGAGUGGGCAGAAUUGAGAAGCUUUGGGUCCGGGACGGUGCUGCCUAUUUCUUUGGUCCCAUCUUCAUUCACCCUGAAGAAACAGAACAUGAGCCAACAAAAAUGUUCUACAAAAAAGAAGUGUUUCUGAGCAAUUUGGAAGAAACCUGUCCUAUGACAUGUAUCCUGGGAAAGUGUGCUGUGUUGUCAUUCAAGGACUUCCUGUCCUGCAGGCCAACUGAAAUACCAGAAAAUGAUGUUCUGCUUUGUGAGAGCCGCUAUAAUGAGAGUGACAAACAAAUGAAGAAAUUCAAAGGGUUGAAGAGGUUUUCACUCUCUGCAAAAGUGGUAGAUGAUGAAAUCUACUAUUUUAGGAAACCUAUAGUUCCACAAAAGGAGCCCUCACCAUUAUUGGAGAAGAAGAUUCAGUUGCUAGAAGCAAAAUUUGCUGAGUUGGAAGGUGGAGAUGAUGAUAUUGAAGAAAUGGGAGAAGAGGAGGGUGAAGUCAUUGAAGCCCCAUCUUUACCACAGCUUCAGACUCCACUGGCCAGUGAUCUGGACAUUAUGCCCUACACUCCCCCUCAGUCAACUCCUAAGUCUGCUAAGGGCAGCUCUAAGAAGGAAGGCUCCAAAAGGAAGAUCAACAUGAGUGGCUACAUCCUCUUUAGCAGUGAGAUGAGAGCUGUCAUUAAGGCCCAGCAUCCAGACUACUCCUUUGGAGAGCUCAGUAGGCUUGUAGGAACAGAGUGGAGAAACUUAGAGACCACCAAGAAAGCAGAAUAUGAAGAGCGGGCAGCUAAAGUUGCCGAGCAGCAGGAGAGAGAGCGCGCAGCGCAGCAGCCGCAGCCGAGUGCUUCUCCCCGGGCGGGCCCCCCCACGGGGGCGCUCAUGGGGGUGGUGCCGCCACCAACACCAAUGGCGAUGCUCAAUCAGCAGUUGACACCUGUUGCAGAACAGCAGCUGCAGCAUUUUAGCUCCCUGUUGGGGAAUAACAACGUCAAGUCCAAAGGCAUGAUAGGUGGCUAUCCGCCAGUCCUGCCACCUUUGCAGGGGCCAGUUGAUGGCAUUGUUAGCAUGGGCAGCAUGCAGCCACUUCACCCUGGGGUGCCCCCACCCCACCACCUUCCGCCAGGUAUGCCAGGCAUCCCAGGCAUCCCACCACCGGGUGUGAUGGGCCAAGGAGUGUCCCCCAUUGUAGGCCCUCCAGCACCAGGAGGAAGUCCUUACGGACAACAAAUGGGAAUCCUGGGGCCCCCGGGCCAGCAAGCACCACCUCCGUAUCCUGGUCAGAAUCCAGCAGGCCAGCCUGUCAUGCAGCAGCCUACAACACCAAUGUUCGUCUCUCCCCCACCAAAGACACAACGGCUUCUGCACUCAGAGGCCUACCUGAAAUACAUUGAGGGGCUCAGCGCCGAAUCAAACAGUAUUAGCAAGUGGGACCAGACCCUUGCAGCCCGAAGACGAGAUGUUCAUCUAUCAAAAGAACAAGAAAGCCGCCUUCCUUCACACUGGCUGAAAAGUAAAGGGGCCCACACUACCAUGGCAGAUGCCCUCUGGCGCCUUCGUGAUUUGAUGCUUCGAGAUACCCUUAACAUUCGCCAAGCAUACAACAUAGAAAAUGUUUAAUUGCAUAAAUUACUUUCUUUGAUACAAACAUAAAGAGUUUUGUGGAACAAUAGCUGUUUUAGUUACUGGGGGGAUAACAAAACAAUAAUUUUUAUUGCAUUUUAUUGUACAUUGCAAGACCAUUUUUAUAUAAGGACACUUUUAAUAAGCAUAUUUCAAUUUGUUUUUGUUAUAUUGAGUUGACUUUAUCAAAUACACAAAGAUUUUUUUGCAUAUGUUUCCUUUGUUUGAAAGCCAGUUUCAUAUUUGGUUGUAUGUGUAGACAUGGAGUUAUCUUUUUACUUGUUGCCAUGGAUCUGAUACCAUUGGGGUUUUUUUAUAAAAGAAAAACAGACCAAAAAAAAACCAUGAAAAAAAAAACUGUUUACAAAUUAGUUUAAAAUGACAAUGAAAUGUGAAGUUAGUCCUAGUUUACAUUGUAGAAGAGUAUGUCUGUUCACGUGCCUGCGUGUUUUAAGGCACUUCCAGCAGAAACCAUUGCUUACAGGUGAAUUGAAAUGCUUUUUCAAAAAGAAAUAUUAGAGAUUCAACAGAUUUGUAGAGGCUUCCAUCCAAUCAGUAGCCACCUAAUGGAGAACCAGGCAUUCCUCUGAAGUUUGCAUCUGCCCUAGACCAGUCCAGUCCAGCGAGCACAUUUUCUUGUGCUUCAUUGAAUGUCGGUCUACAAUUGACCUUUAUAAAAAACCUGCAUACUCUUGUGGAGUCUGAACAGGUGAAUGGGUAGAAUAUUUUCAACUGUUUAAAAAGAAUUCCCAGUUUGUCUCCACAUGUUCUGUUAGAUCUUGUGAAGUUUUCAAAUUCAGAUAUUAAAAAGCAUUUACAUUCACACUGGAGUAUUAUGGUAGAUGGAGGUGAUUUUUAAAACAUAUAACCCUUGCUUUAAAAAUAAAAUACAGCAGUGUGUAAAAGUGAUAUCUUCACUGAAAAUGAAAUUAUGAGAAUCAAUUACUCUCAAUCCUUUUUUUUUCCUCCCAUUUUUCAUUCCUGUGCGUGGUAUUUUUUUCUCCAAGUUUCAAGGUUGUAACUUUCUACCAUUUAGGACUUGCUAUACAUUUUCAGCCAAAAACUUAAGAGCUGCAACUUUUCUGUUUCAGAAAUAUUUUUAAUAUUAGCUUAAAUUUUUGAAUUUCAGGGGGUAAUAAGUGCAUUUAGAGCUGGGGGAAAAAUCACUAUUUAAGAAAAUGCUUUCUGAAAAGGCCACACAGAUCCCAUUACACAUUAAUUUAGAGAUACUUUAUUCCCUGUCUAACUUGAUAGUAAACCUUCUUCAGGUGGCAGCUUACCUUUAGAGCAUCUAUCCAGGAAAUUGCCCAGGCAGCUGGACAAAGCUUUCACAUGCUGCUAUAAACUACAUCACAUUACUUUGGGGGAAGGAGGUGUUCGUGUUUUUGAGUGGUUUUAUCAUACCAUAACCCCAGAAGAACUCCUUUUUUUUUUUUUAGGUAGGCAUUACUACCCCGAUGCCUAAAUGCCAUUCUUCUUAAAUCAUGAGUGUAGAGCAGAGAAACUCUUUUUGUCUCUAUAUAUACUUAAGUACAGUAGGCCGUCAUAACUGCCGUAGUCAACCACUGGAUCUAAAUCUUCAUCAAGUAUUUUGAAGUAAUUUAAACACUUUUUUUUAAAGAUUUAUGUUGCUGUUUUGUUAGAAUACAUCUCAGUGACUAGAGUUUUUGCUGUUUUCACCACAAAGAUUAAGACAUUGAACUAAAUCAGAUAAUGAACAUGUCCUAGUUCUUUGUUUAUCUGAGCCAUCCAACCACCAUCAUGGACUGUAUAUUAAAAUCGGAUUCUUUUAUUCCUAGACAUUAACAAAAUUACACCAAAGAGCCUGGAAUUAAUUUUAGUUAAGUUAUUUAUUUAUUUUUUUUUAUUUUGUUUUGCUUUUAUUUUCUUUGAGGCCUAGAUAAGACUGCUUUGGGGAGCUUCUCAGAAACACUUUUUUUCCCUUUUUCUUAUUUUUUUCCCUUUUUUUUCCCACCAAACCGAAUGGUCGCUGUUAUUAUCUAAGACACUGGAAGCUGAAAGCACUCCUUUUUCAACCCCUUUACCAGCUUCAGUGUCACUGUAAGAACUAACCAAAUCAACCCUGGGUCUCCUUUAAGGUCAUGCAGAGCAGUGCCAUUGAGGCUACUUAAUGGGCCCAAUCAAGUUUGUUUUGUUUUGUUUUGUUUUUAACUGUGUAUUUAUUUUAGAAUCAUGUCUUUCUGUGUAUUUCUGUGGAGAAUGUCAGUAAAAAUUUAGGGGAUAGGAUUUGAGGUCUGCAGUCUAGAAUUUCAUACCUAACCAAAAAAAAAUUUUUUUCUAAUUCAAGUGAUUAAAAAAAUAAUUAAAUAACCACACAUUUUUCCUGUGGUUUUUAGAACCUCUGGUUUGUAUGGCUGUGGAAAAUAUGUUGGCCUAAACAGCAUUGUAAUAUUUUUAAAGUGCAAGUAUGUAUGGGAGAAAAUUGGGUUUAUAUGCAAAGUAAGAAUAUAGAUUAAAAUAGUGUAUGUAUUUUCAGUCAACUGGUUGAAAGCCAUUAAUUGCAUUCUCUCUCUCUCUCUCUCUCUCUCUCUCUCUCUCUCUCUCUCUCUCUCUCUCUCUCUCUCUCUCUCUGUCUCUGUCUCUCUCUCUCUCUCUCUCUCUCUCACACACACACACACACACACAUACACAUCCCUUCCCCUUCAAAAGGAAAAAAAAAACUUUAUUUGUGCAAAAUCUCAAAAUUGGUGUUGGUGACUUUUCAGCUUAAACGUUUUCAGACCUGGUUAUAGUCAUGGUUGGUUUAUCCUUACCUCUGUAUCAAAAGGUUUAAAGUGGUAACCAGUCUCAUGAUAUGUAUGUACCAUCAUUUUGUUCAUCUGAAGCUUUUUAAUCCAAAUAAAAAUGGAGUUUGCAGAGUGAUUUAGAUUAA